AUGUCUGGUCGCGGCAAAGGCGGGAAGGGCCUCGGGAAGGGCGGCGCCAAGCGCCACCGCAAGGUGCUGCGCGACAACAUCCAGGGCAUCACCAAGCCCGCCAUCCGGCGCCUGGCGCGGCGCGGCGGCGUCAAGCGCAUCUCCGGGCUCAUCUACGAGGAGACCCGCGGGGUGCUCAAGGUGUUCCUGGAGAACGUGAUCCGCGACGCCGUCACCUACACGGAGCACGCCAAGCGCAAGACGGUCACGGCCAUGGACGUGGUCUACGCGCUCAAGCGCCAGGGCCGCACCCUCUACGGCUUCGGCGGCUAAAAGUCGACUGACAACGUCCUUUCAACAGCAAACCCAAAGGCCCUUUUUAGGGCCACCUA